AUGUUGGUGUUGUUGCUAGGCAACCUCAUCAUACUUCCGGUGGCCAUCUGUUUCUUCAACGAUGAUCUGAGCACGAGGUGGGUGGUCUUCAAUGGAGUCAGUGACGUCAUGUUCCUCUUGGACCUCCUCAUCAACUUUAGGACAGGAAUCAUCGUGGACAACUUUGCGGACGAAAUAAUCCUGGAGCCACGCAAAAUAGCGGAGAGGUACAUGAAGACGUGGUUCCUCCUAGACUUCAUCAGCUCCCUACCCAUGGAUUACAUCAUCGUCGUCUUCAGUCCGGAGUCUACAAUCACACAGCUGGCUCACGCUGCUUCAUUGGCCACGUUGUUUCCAGUUUCGAAUUAUUGCCUUCUUUUUGAGAACUUCCAGUGA